AUGUCGACAAAAAGAAAGAGAUCAGGAAAAGGCGUCGUUGAAGGUACGGCGCCGUUGGUUAAUGAGAGGCUACCACUUCGGCUUUUUGCAACCGACCGAUACCCAAGCAACAGGGACAACUGCUAUUCAUCGCUGGAGUUCCUACUUCUGGUGAGGGAUGUGCUUGAAGGUUCAGCGGAGAUGGAAAGGUUGUUGUGUUCAUGCUUCGGGUCUCUGUUCGGGUUGCCAGUGCGCAGGUGCGCGUUCUCAGCGAAGUUUGUUCAUGGAAUGCUUUGUAGGCAGUUGCUAACGAAGAAACGGUUCGAGACGUGGCCUGUAUUUGGUGGGGGUCCGACAAGGUUUUCGCUUGCCGAGUUUAGCCAUGUUACUGGCUUGGCUUGUGGGGAGUUUGAGCAGGGAUACGAGGUAGAUGAUAAACCGAAGCCGAAGAAAGCAGAUUAUGUUUUCUGGGACAAGUUGUUUGGGGGUAGGCGUAACUUGAGUUUAGAAGACCUUGCAGCCUUGGUCGCUGGUGACACAACUCUGUCGCAGAGGAAGAAGUUUAGAAUAUGCCUGAUCAUCAUUGUUGACGGGGUGCUGAUGCCAAAAACGCAGAAGCCGAAGCCGACGUUGAAGUAUGUUAAACUGGUGGAGAAGCUAGACAAAUUCUUCUCCUUUCCGUGGGGGCGUGAGUCGUUUUGGUGGACGAUUAGCACGAUGAUACCGCCUAAGAAGGUGUUGGGAAAGUGCGAUGACCCAGAAGGUGAUUUUUACGCCCAGUUGAGGCAGGAGACAAAAUUCCUAUUGGGGUUCCCCCUAGCACUGCAGCUUUGGGCGUUUGAAGCCAUCCCGGUUCUACUUGACAGGCUUGGAGGCAAUGACAGCGUGACGCUUUUGAGUUAUGUUGGGGACAAGCUUCCCACACAUACGGGGCUGGUGCUUACUGAUGUGCUUUUUGCGGAGAACAAUCCUAAGUUGAUAGUUCUCCCUAUGGUGGAGGUUGACGAGGAUAGAGAUGAUGGGUGGGGUGUUUUUGACUGCGAGAUUUUGGACAGGAAAGUUGCGUACAUGGUGGGCCUCUUGAAAGCAGGGCACAAGUUCCAGAAGGGGGAGUGA